GGACACCGGACAGGUUUUGGGAGACGCCAAGAUGGCGGCCUCCUUGGUGACUCGCUACGGUCGUGUGGCGGCGUUUAAGGCUAUAUCACAGCAAGCAUGGGGUGUACGAAGUAUGCCUUCUCUUUAUCUCUGCACAAAACCAGGUAAUUCUAAAAAAGGCACCCCAAAAGAUAAGGGGAAGGUCAUAACUAACUGUAAACCUGAUGCAGCUGUAAAAUUAACAGAUGAAGAUCUGAGAAAAUUCUUGGCAAUGAAAACUUUGGUAAUGUUUCCUCAGAAGGCAGAGUUUCCUUUUGAGAGAACACCAGUUUUCUCUUCCACAGAAGGCUUAGGGAAGAGGUUAACAGACGAAGAGCUACUUUCUUCAUCAAGUUCUGAAUCAGACUCUAGUUCUGAUUCUGAAGAUGAUGACUUCAAAGAGAAGCCACACAGACAUAAAGAACUCUGCUGGACAACUGAUAACAAGCAGUUAGAAUCAGAUAUGAUAAAAACUGCUUCACAACAAAGGUCUAAAGAAAUACAUUUAAAGAGUAAGAACUUAGGAAUAGUGAAUGCAGAGAAUCAAAAGCCAAUAGAAGUUUCGUCUGGAAGCCAGGAAGUAUCUCUCUCUGAAACUGAUCCACGGAGAACUCAGCUGGUACCUCCACAAAAUAUAUCACAAAAUCUGGAACAGGAUGAAAAAAUUACAAAGAAAAUGCAAAAAACUGAGAUGCAAGAGAGAAUUUUUGAAGAACCACGGCCUGAAGUUUCAAGGGAAAGAAUGCCAGUGAUAAAAACCACCCUGAAGGAGGAGACCAUCCCAGAAGAAGCUCAAAUUGAAAAACAAAGCACUCCACAGGUGGCCAGACCAUCACCUGAAACUGCUCAAGAAACACAUGACAUUUCUACCUACAAGAACCUACAGCAUCAUGAAUAUCAACCAUUCACUUUUGUGGAUUUUGAUGUUUUGUUGUCAAAAUUCAGGCUGCCUCAGCCAUCUUCUGGGAGGCUUUCUCCAAGACACUGAAUUAAUUGUGGGAAAUAAAUAAAUUCUCACAAAAUAUUAUGUUUGUGGGUGUUAUAAAUUAAUAUUAGCAUUAAUUCCUCAGUUAUUGCUGAUUGUAUGACAGAUUAGUUCUAAUUAAAUGAUAACUUGAUAAUUCCCUUAGUUCAUGCUACUGUGCAGUAUCAUAGCACAUAUUAUAAAUAUAUAAUCCUGGUUCAUAAAAUUCAUGCAUAGUACAAAUUAAUUGGUAUUGAAUACUGAUGACGUAUUUUUAAUUAAAUUAUGGUGAGUGUAUUUGUUUUGCUAAAGAUGCAGUUUUAGAAGCCUAGUACCACUUGCUGAAUGAUGUUAUUUUAUCUUAAAGUAAUAUAUAAUGAAUAAUGUUAUUGUAAAAGAUAUAAAAGUAAUUGGCUUGAUGUUUGUAAAAGCCUGAUUCUGAGUAUGGAUGAAUGAGGAUGGGUUGCCUGCGCUAAAGUAAAGGGAAUUGGCAUGUAAACACUGUUCCCUUCAUUUCUAUAUGAGAUUUAACUUGAUAUAGAAAAUUGUUUUGGAGAUGAAUAUCAAAUUAAAGGCUUGAAUAGGGGAUUGUUCUUUCCAAAAUUUGCAACAAAAGCUUGAAAAAUUUGCAAAAGCUUGCAAACAGCUGAAGAGGCAUUUCUAGGUUUUCACUUUGCCAGAUCAGGUAGAAAUGAAUAAAACAAGAAGAAAUCAGUUUCUGCAAUUAUUUGAUAUAUUAAAAAAAGAAUAUAUCUACAUUUGUCUCUUGGCAGUGCUGAUAUACCUCCUUAAUACAACAUCAUGCUCUAAUUUUUCAACCCCUCACUUCUAGUAAACAUAAUUCUGGGCUCUUGAGAUUAAUUUUCAAGCAUGCUUCAUUACCAGUUUUUUU